AUGUCCCCGGGGAGAUGCCGCUGGCUGAGACGUGCGGGCUGGCAAUUGCCUCUCAACAUGUGCGGCAAGCGGCGGGGUUGCUGCGCGACCCUCGCCCUCCUCUGGAUGCCGCCGGCCUUGCUGCUGCUGUUGGCCGUGUUGUGGCUCGAUCCGUUGCCCGGACAGUCCCGACAGGAGGGCACGGUGGCGGUCAGCGGGCCGCCGAGUCGAGUACUGCCACCCCCCGAGCCAUUCGCCGAGGACGUGGUGAUGGUGGCGGCGGAGGGGCCGGUCAGCUCCCGGCCCGGGGAAUGGAGGAGUGGGAGGAGGAAAAAGAGGGUGUACCGGCUGGUGAGGGCAGGUAAACGAGGACGGUGGGGAGCGGCCGCCUCGCAGCCCGGACGUCUCCCGACACCCGAGCGGCGCAUGAGAGGCUUCAACGAGGUUGUCAGCGAGCGGAUCUCCCUGCACCGGAGACCACCUGAGGUACGCGACCCUUUAUGUCUACAGCAGGAAUACAGUCAGAAUCUGCCAAGUGCCAGCAUCAUAAUUUGCUUUCACAAUGAAGCCUGGUCCACUCUUCUAAGAACAGUGAACAGUGUUAUGGACACAGUCCCAAAAGAAAUUCUGAAGGAGAUCAUUUUAGUGGACGACCUCAGUAACCAAGGGCAUCUGAAGGCAGCUUUGAGCGAAUAUAUUUCUAAGCUGGUUGGUGUCAGGUUGAUUCGCAGCAACAGAAGACUGGGAGUGAUCGGAGGUCGUAUGCUUGGUGCGGCACGGGCAACAGGGGACGUCUUGAUUUUCAUGGACUCCCACUGUGAGUGUCACAAUGGCUGGCUCGAACCACUCCUGGAUAGAAUAGCUUUUGACAGAACUCGUGUUGUUUCUCCUGUGAUAGAUGUUAUUGAUUGGAAGACGUUCCAGUACUACCACUCAGUUGAUCCACAGCGAGGAGCUUUCAACUGGAAGCUGGACUUCCAUUGGGAACCAAUACCAGAGUAUCAACAGAAGUGGAGGAAGUCUCCAAUCAACCCUAUACAGAGCCCGGCAAUAUCUGGAGGUGUACUGGGAAUCAAUCGACAUUACUUUCAAAAUAUUGGUGCUUAUGAUCCUGGAAUGCUGAUUGGGGGACUUGAAAAUGUGGAACUCUCUCUCAGGGUCUGGCUCUGUGGUGGUUCAGUGGAGGUCCUACCCUGUUCUAGGGUUGGUCAUGUGUACCAGAAACAUUCCCAUGACCCUCUACCUGAUGAAGAGACCACAGUGAAAAACAAAAUUCGUGUUGCUGAGGUUUGGCUGGAUUCUUUCAAGGAGAUCUUCUACAAAAGGGACCUGACUGCAUAUUUGCUUAGUAAGGCUGAGGUGCCUGACUGUAAGGAACGAAUGCAACUGCGGAAGAGACUAAACUGUAAGAAUUUCCACUGGUUUUUAACUAACAUCUACCCAGAACUUUAUGUACCCGAGGACAAGCCAGGAUAUUCUGGGGAGACAAGACAAAGGUUUUUGCUGUACAAUAUUGGUACAGGUUUUUGUGCAGAUUAUGAAACUAAAUGGAGUACCAGUGGAUACCCCAUUGUCCUCGCACCAUGCAGUGGAAAUGGGAAUCAGCACUUUGAAUAUAACAGUAUAAGGGAAAUCCGGUUUGGUGCCAUGGUAGAACUUUGCAUUGAUGUCAGAGAUGACCAGGUCAUAUUACAGAACUGUACCAGCAAGAACAGGAUGGAAUCACAACAGCAAUGGAAUGUGCAGAAGAGUGGAGAAAUUAUCCACGUCUUUUCUGGGAAGUGCAUCGAGGCAAUAAGGAAUGCUACAAGCCAAGACUUGUUUCUGAGACCAUGCAACAAGUCUGCCACUCAUCAGUUGUGGCGAUUUGAGCAACUGUCCGUCAUAAAUGAGAGAUGAGCGAUCAUUCCUGACACCUAUUAUGUGAUGGCUGCAGUUCAUAUCCUCCUGUCUGGUCAGGAGUUGUGAAGCAUUUCAAGGACGUGCAGAACCUAGACUACUGACCACAAAUUGUGCCUUGUAUAUUUUUUUGCACCAAAGGAAACCCUCAUAAUAGGAGAGGAAACUUUAAAUAUUUCUAUGCCAUCAUUUCCAACGGAGCUGGAAAUGAUGAUUAAAAGCAAUCUUCUGGCAUAAUUGAUCCCUCUAAACCCUACCUGUAACCAUGGUUACUACAGCAGAAACUAAACUAAUAAAUAGCAAAAGCAGGAUCCAUUUAUUGUGUAUUUUCACUUUUUAUAUAUUUAAAUUUUGUUGAAUAGCACUGUGUACUUUAAUGAUUAAAUAAGAAAAAAUAAAUUUCAACAGCAUUCCAUUCAAGUUGUCGUAUUUUUCCCAAUGUAUUAAAUACAGCUUGUUUUCAAACUGAAAUAAGAAAGCAAAUACUGCAAUAGUCGAUGGCUCAAGCUAAAUAAAUCAGAAUUUAAAAACCUAGGAAGAUCUGAUAUUCCAUUGCAGACUAGGUAAAAAUACAAUCUAAUGGACAAAUUAAAUUGUGUAACAUACACAUUUAGUUGUCCAAAAACAUUGAGGGAAAUGCUUUUGGGGAUGGAGAAUAGUUUAAUCAUAACCCAUUAGGCAGGGUAUCAGCAACAGGCCAACUUAAAGGUGAAAUAAAAUCUGGAAGCAAAGUGAACUGAUAUUAACACAUCCAGGAAUCAAAGGCACUGUUCAAAUGGACAAGUGUCUAUCACAAAGUGCUGGUUUAUUACAAUACGAUACUGAUCCAAUCAAUAUGAGAAAAUUGUUUUAAUAAACAAUUAGUAGCAUGCAGACAACGGUUUGCCUUAAUUGUCAUUGCUCAUAGCUGCAGAGAUCCUCAGUGAUGGCAAUUGUAUGAAGGUCAACAUGGUUAAAAUAAUACCACUCAUUACUUUGGUUUAAAAAAAGAAGUCCACUCAAUUGAUUUAAGAAACAAACAUUUCUCAAGCAGAAGUAUUAUUACAUUCCUUUGUUUGCUCUGGACUCCUAACAACAGUGAAUGGACAAGCAUCUUCUCUGUUUUUAACACUUGGUACCGUUCACAAUCCUGAUCGAAAAGUGAAGGACUUGCCAUCAGUACAAAAUCUCCUUUUAUCCACAUGAUCAAACAUCUUGUCAUAUGACAAAACCUUAGUCACAUGACAAAUCAUUACAGCAAAUCUAGUUUUAACACACUAACCAUUACCACACAAGCUGUUAUAAGUUUAUUAAUAGUUUGCUAAUCUUUGCUUUCUAACUAAUUAACCAAUAUUCAACCCAUGUUAUACAUUACUUCCAAAUCCACAUGCUCUAAUCUUGUUGAUUGCCAUUGUGCAGAAACAUAUUGAAUUCCUUCCACAAUGCAAAUAAAACACAUCCACUGGUUCCUCUAGUUUUUAUCAAAGUCUUAAAGAAUUCCAGCUGUUUUGUAAAAUGUGAUUUUUCUUUUGUCAAUCUACAUUGGCAUUGUUCAAUCUUAUUAUCCUUUUCAAGGUAUUCUUGUUAUAGAUUCCAGUAUUAUUCCUACCACUGAUGUUAACUAGUCUGUAGUUUGUUUUCUUUUUCUCUCAUUACUCUGCAAUCCACAGGAACACUUCCAGAAUCUAUAAAACUUUUAAAGAUAUUACCCAGAGCAGUUACUAUCUCCAAAGUCACCUCCUUCAAAACUGUAGUGUAAAUCAAUCAUCAAAUCUUUGGUUUACAAAUAAGAGAAAAUCUGCAAAUGCUGGAAAUCUAAGCAACCCUUGGUUUUUCAACUUUCAAGCACACCAACUUCUCUAGUAAUAUUUUUGACUAAUAAUUCUUUCAAUUUGUCUAUCUUUAAUUUUCUCUAAUAUUGUGUGCCUUUUUAAAUUAAGAUGCAGAGCAACCGAUUUGGCAAUGUGAUAUUCCUCUCAUUGGGAUUCAUCCAGUACUUUCCCCAAAUAUGUUAUUUCUUUAAUGUCAAACAUUGCCUAACCAUCAUCAAAUGUCCCCUCGAUUCUGGCCAUCCCAUCCAUUUACAGCUACCAUCAGGCAGGGGUAUAGAAGUCCCACAAUCCACACCACCAUGUAUAAGAACUACUACUUUCCUUCAGUCAUUUGGCUCUUGAACCAAUUGGCACAACCCCAAUCACUGCAGUUUAGUAACACUAUGAUCACUUUAUCAUUUGGCACUAAAGUUAACUUUGUUUUAUUUUGUCCUAAUUAUGUUUUCUUGUAAAAUGUGUACAAAUUGUUUAAUUGAUGUUUUUUCUUGUUAUUGGUGCUGAUACGAAGCGAGGUGCCGCAAAUUCUGUUUCUCAUUGCACCUUGCGUACAUGUACUUGCCCAUAUGACAAUAAAGUUGACUUUGAUUUUAACCACUAUCAGAUUGUUCAAUGUAUUCUCUCAGUCAUAGUCAACUCGACCCCUGCCAAUGUAUUUAGAUUUGAGACUACGGCAUUGAACUAUAUCACUUUUAACCUUAUUGUUAAUUUCAUCUUAUUAUGGUCAUUCUUCCUUCAAAAGCCCCUUGACAACUGUAUUAUCAAUUAAUCCUUCCUUACUGCAUAAUCCAGAUCAAACUAGCCUUUUUUCCAUUACCCUCAUAGGGUUAAAAUAAUUGAAAAAUGCUCUCAGUGGUGGAAGAAUGAAGAACAAGGGUUGAUGGAUUGAAGGCAAUUGGCAAAGCAACCAAAAUCUAACAUGAACUUCCUAUGCUGCAAGUUCCUAGGGUCUGGAAUAGAGCAUAGAAAAGUACAGCACAAUAUAGGCCCCAAGGCCCAAAAUAUUGUGCUGACCCUUUAACCAAGAUCAAUCUAACACUUCCCUCCCACAUGGCCCUCCAUUAUUCAAUCAUCCACAUACCUAUCUAAGAGUUUAAAUGUCCCAGAUGUAUCUGCCUUUAUCACCACCCCUGGCUAUGUGUUCCAUGCACCCAUCACUCUCUUAAAAAAAACAAACUACCUCUGACAACCCACUUAUCCAUUCCUUCCAUCACCAUCAAGUUAUUCCCUUUUGCAUUAGCCACCUCUUCACUGGGAAAAAGUCUCUGGCUAUCCAUUUGAUCUAUGCCUUUUAUCUUGUACACCUUUAAGUCACCUCUCAUCCUCAUCUCCAAAGAGAAAAGCCCUAUCUUGCUCAAUCUACAGUGGAGACAAGUUCAAUUAUACUAUCCAAAAAGAAGCUGGAUAAAUAAUUGAAGGGAAAGAAUUUGCACGAUAAUAGGGAGAGGGACAGUGAAGUGGGAGCAACUGGAUUGAAAAGGACUCUUGCUAUGUUGUCAUUAGAUUAUGGAUUUAUCCCAACACAUACUUCCAAGUCAAGAUGGUGUAGGAUUUGAAAGGAAACAUAUUAGAGAUAGCGUUCUCAUAGGCUUGUUUCUCUCACACUACUAGAUGGGAGAGAUCACUGGAAUAGAAAUAUGAUAUUCUCCAACAUUUUUAAUUAUUAAAAUUAGCCCUGAUGUAGGAUUUCAACCUGAAACAUCAGCAAUUCCUUCAUUCCCAUAGGUGGUGUUUGACUGCUGUGUUUCUCCAUCUAAUUGUCAUUGCUUCAGAUCCCAGCAUAUGGAGUGUCUUGUGUCUCCAUUAAUCAAUUGCAGUUACUUCAUUCCUUGAGUUAUAAAGUAAUUAGACUAAACUGGAUAAAGUUGGACUCAAACAACAAAAAAUUAGUGUUUGUGCUAUGUGCCUCCAUGAGUAAUAUUUCAUUAAAGUGCAAAAGAACCAGGGGCUUUAAAACAGAAAAAUAUUAUUUAAAGACUGAUAUCAGGAAAUUCUUCUUCAAUGAAAGCAUGAAUAAAAUCUAGAACAAAUCUUCUGUUAGAAUAACACCUUCAUUUAUAAAGCAGUGGUGUGAAUUAAUUUGCGCAAAGUGGUCAGAUAUUUAUCUCACAAAAUUAAGACAGCAUAAGUGAAAGUCAUUUAUAUUUUACAAACAUGUAUAUCUAUUUUAUUUUAAAACUAAAUUCCUAUUCACAAACCAGAUAGUUGGCCAAAUGUACAUUUGUUGAAGGUAACUUAUAACUUCAGAUAAGAAAGGGUAAUUAAAAACAGGCAGCUUCCAGUUGCAGAUCAGACUAGAAUAAGCAGGCAGACAUAAAGUUUAAAUCAAAUAAAUUUGACUUAAGGAUAACGGAGCAGGUACAAUGGGACAGAUAAUAUAUUAAUAUUCAAGAUUAGAUUGGCUAUGGAAAAUUGGUUAAGAUAUUUUGAAAAUCAGGUGUAUCAGAACAGUUUUUGUGGAAGGUAAACAGCAACAUAAAUCAUAGACUGAUUUGCUGGUUUCUGUGCUGCAAUAUUAACAGGAACUAGAAGGUUUUAUUGUUGAUGUUAAUCAUCAUUCUAGUGUCUAAGCUUGCUCUUGGGUCUUCUAAAAGCUUUGCUGAUUCAUAUACCUCCUUAAAUUUAGCAAGUGUUCUGUUGAAGCUUUAUAAAAAUAUAAUGAACAAAUAGCUCAGAGUGGCCUGGGGGCACUUCAGUUAUAUAGCACAAGUUGUAGUAAUAAAACACCAUCCCAAGAGAACUGUCAAACAAAAUUUAACUGCAAGAAAGGUAAAAAGAUACUGAGUGAAAUGAAAAUAAGUUUGUUCAGAGGCAGGUUUUAAGCAGCUAUUAAAAAAAGAAAAGAGAGGUAGAGCCAGAGAGGUUUAACAUGCUUAAGGCUAAAGCAUUUGUGUAUUAAAUUUGUGGAGUUCAAGAGGUCAGAAUUGGGGGUCAGGCUGGGAAAGAAAAGAGGCAGAUUAUGAGGGAAAGGGUUACAGAAUUAUGGAGGGGAGUGGAAGAGUCAUUUGUUCACCCUGUUACAGUUCACAGCUUUGGAGGCUCCAGUGCACAGGAUCAGAAGGGACUCCAGAGGGUUGUAGACUUCACUACUUCCAUCACAAGACACAACGCUUCCCAUCGUAAAGGACAUCUUCAAGAGGUGGCGCCUCAAGGAGCAGCAACCACCGUUUAGGACCCUCACCAAUCAGGAAUGUCCUCUUCUUGAUACUACUGUCAGGGGGGAGGUAUAGGAGCCUGACGACUCACAUUCUGUGAUUCAGAAGCAGCUUCUUCCCUUUCAUCGUCAGAUUUCUGAAUGCUCCAUGAACUCAUUAAUACAACCUCAUUGUCCAUUUAUUUUGCACUUUCUUUUUUUAAAACUUAUAGUAACUUUAUGAGUCUGCACUGCUACAAAUUUCAUCACAUAAGACAGUGAUAGUAAACCUGUCUCUGAUUCGAUCAUAUUUCAAUAUAUAAACAAUUUCAAUUAAUAUUCGCACAGGUACAGAAGUUCGGUCGCCGCUGAAUCAGACACACACACUGCUAACUUUGGAAAAAGAUUCCAUUACGUUCUAGAGGAGAAAUGUCUCCUUUUCCAAUAAAUUGGAUUAUUACUGCCCCAUGUACCAACGUUGAGUGAGAAACUUUUAAUGCAUACCAUUUAUACAGAUCAAUUACAAUAAUGUGUUGAGGUUGUUAUGAAUGUGACGCAACUCUGAAGGGCCAAAGGGUAAAAAGUCGCCCCCUCCUUUUUGAGAAUCGCAAGAUCACUAUUAUUUCGGGUCUGAGACCCAGGAAGUGAGAGAGAAACAUCCAGAAUACACAAGGUUUGGAAUGUGUCCUGACCUCAGCGGAACGGAACCACUGAUAAUGGCCAUUGUCUCUUGGAGAAGGAAUUGUGUAUUGAGUGCUGUACUAUUCAUUGAAACCCCUCAGGGGACAACCAGAGUGGUCUGGUUGAGGGGUUGCAUCAUCCCAAUCUGAUUGACAUCUGAGACCCUGUGAGUGAGGAUAAAAGACGGGUCUGGGGAACAACCCCUUCUGACGCACCAGGAGAAAUGCUAGAAAUCCCGUGACAGCGUUUUAUAGCGAAAGCCAGUGGGGGCUCGUGUGUGUCCUCCCUUUGCCUGGGUAGCGAGCUCACCACGGAAGAACGGUUCAGCUAAAGGAGAGGUCACAAUUGAACAGCCACGACAACGAGACACCUGACGGAUCGAAAUCAUAAAGGAAGGUUGGCAAAACCCGUAGCGGUAAAUGUUCCCAUUCUCUCUCUCUCUCUCUCCCCAACAAUUGCAACCCAGCGAAAACCAAAAGACAGCAGUUUGUGGAACUGCAGUGAACUUUAUAUUUCCAUCAGACAAUACAUUAUCCCCUAGACAACAAUAGAGCUUAUUUCUUAUUGAUUAUUAUUAUACCCGCACUUUUAGAUUUAGUAUUGACGAUGUAUAUUAUCUGUAUAUUUACAUUGAUAUUAUUUUUGUGUAUUUUUACUAAUAAAUACUGUUAAAAAUAGUAUCAUCAGACUUCAAUGGACAUCUCUAUCUUUGCUGGUAAGUGACCCAGUUACGGGGUUCGUAACAACGUGGGGCCUCGUCUUGAGAUUUGAUACCAAAUUGGAGGGCCAGUAAAUCGGGCUUUUAAGUCCAAACUUGGGUCUGGUUGUGCAGGUAACCAGAUGGGAAACCAGCAAAGAUGGACGUAGACGAAUUUAUAAAAAACCUGACUCCGGAGGCGCUGGAGGCUGCCACAAAGUCGGACUUGAUAAAUAUUGCGAAAGGACUAAAUCUCGCAGAGGUGAGGUUGUCAAUGAAAAAGCGGGAGGUGCAGAGGGCCAUAACUCAGUAUUAUAUUGUGAAGAAUGUGUUUUCGGCUGAGGUAUUGGAAAAUAUCCCUGAAAAGGUACCAGCUAGUGGGACGGCUGAGUUAGAGUUGGAAAAAUUAAGGUUGGAGCAUGAAACUAAGUUAAAACAGCUGGAAGCAGCUGAAAAGGAAAAAGAAAGAGCCGAAAAGUAAAGGGAGUAUGAGCGCCAGCUAAAGGAGAUAGAGGUGAAAAGGGAGAAGGAAAGAGCUGAAAAGGAGCAGGAAAGAGCUGAGAAACAGAGGGAGCAUGAAAUUGUUAAAACAGCUGGAAGCAGCUGAAAAAGAGAAGGAAAGGUCCGAAAAAGAGAAGGAGAGAGCCGAAAAGGAGAGUGAGUAUGAGGAGAAAGAGAAACAGAGACAACAUGAGUUGGACAUGGAGAAGUUCAGGCAAGAGCGAAGAGCUCAAGGGCCAGACCGAGAGGAGAGAUUUAAUGUUAGUCGGGAGUUUAGGUUAGUUCCUCCGUUCGAGGAGACGGAUAUUGACAGUUAUUUCUUGCAUUUUGAAAAGGUGGCCCAGAGAUCAGUGGGUGGUGUUAUUACAAAUUGUGUUAAAAGGGAAGGCACAACGGGCAUAUACAGCGUUGUCUAUGGAGGAGGAGGAGUCUGAGAAUUAUGAGAAAGUAAAGGAGGCCAUUCUUCGGGCCUAUGAAUUGGUACUUGAGGCCUAUAGACAAAAGUUCAGAAAUUUAAAGAAAGGGUGGAAUCAGAUGUAUGCAGAGUUUGCCUAUGAGAAGGGUGUGCUCUUGGAUCAUUGGUGUGCAGCAGAAAUGGUGGAAGAAGAUUUUGGGUGUCUCAGGGAGUUAAUUCUGAUUGAGGAAUUUAAAGGUUGUGUUUUGGAUGAUAUCCGGAUGUAUUUGAACGAGAAGCCGAAUAAGUCUAUAUCCGAAUUUGCUAGGUUCACAGAUGAAUAUGAAUCUAACCCACAAGACAAAGUUUUCUUCGAAUAAGAGUUACCAGAAAGACCGUGGGAAUGGUAGAGAAAGCCCGCCGGCUGAGGCAGAGAUCCAGCCGGGAGCUAGUGGUAAAAAUAAGUAGGAGGAAAUGCAAGACGGCAGCAGGGGUCCUUGUUUGACCUGUUUUAAUUGUUCAAAGGUGGUUCAUAUUGCAUCUAAGUGCCUUGCUCCGAGGAAGGAGACAGGAAAAGGGAAAACAGCAGUCCCUACAGGAUGUAUUGUGGUGAUCAGUAAAUCGACGAGAAAGCCCCAGGUAGACAGAAUAUGAGAGGGGCCUGAGAAAGUUAUUUCAGAAGGAACCGUGUCUGUGAAAGAGGGAGACACACCAAUUCUAGUGCGGAUCUGGAGAGACACUGGAGCUGAGCUGUCAUUGAUUCGCAGUACGGUACUAGAUUUUGGUCCCGAGACUGGAGAGGUAGCUUUGAGAGGCAUAGGAGAAGGGACAGAAGCUGUGCCUUUGCAUAGGAUCAUUAUAAAUUGUGAGCUGGUAUCUGGACCAGUUGAAAUAGGGAUGUGAUCAGAAUUUCCGAGAACUGACGUAGACAUCCUUCUGGGUAACGAUUUAGCUGGUGGUGUGGUUUGGUCAGCCAUGAAGCUGAUGAGCCAGCCUGUAAGUGUUGAGGACCCGACCCUAGAUUCCAAGAUCUCUCCCGCAUGCACAAACACUCGCAGCAUGUCAAGAAAGGCAGCUAAGAGGCCAGUAUCGAUUUGGCUAAGACGUUUUUACCGACCCUGUACCAAGAGGGUUAGAGGGUGAUAAAAUGGAGAAUAGGGAGGUGAAAAAGAGUAAGGGAGAGGAGGUAGACCUGCCCUUAGCCAGGAGGAAAUUUAUAGAGGCACGGAGUAAAAAUGAGAAACAGAUAAGACUAUUAGAAGGUCCAGGGUUGGACAUGGAUGAUCUGUCUGGCUUGACAG